AUGAGGUUGAUGAGCAGAGAAGUGGCAGCCAAAUUAAGUCGGACGUUCAAAACAAGUAAGAACAUUGUUAUCAUAUUGGAUGAUGUCCGGGAUCGCCUUUGCUUGGAGAAGUUGGGUGACCCUCUUGUUGUGGAAGGCUGUAGACUGAUUCUGACUACUCGUUCAUAUGAAGUCUGCCGAAAGAUAGGUUGUAAGAAACUACUAGAAGUGAAGGAACUCGAUACUGAGGAUGCUUGGGAAUUGUUUACGAAGAGUCUAGGGUCCGAGACUGUGCUUAGUCCAGAUAUCGAGCCUAUUGCCAAAUCCAUGGCAAGAAGGUGCAAGGGCUUUCCACUCAGGCUCAUCACUUUCGCGGAAAGCAUGAGAGGGGUGACUGAUAUAAGGGAGUGGAAGAAUGCUUUGAAAGAGUUAUGA